AUGAAAUCAAAAAUAUUGAACACUGGCUCUAUUCCAGAAAAAAAGCCAACCGUUUAUUUAAAUGACGGACAAGGAAGAGACACCUAUAUUUCUUUUAACAAUGGAGGAAAUUUUGCUUAAGAGUUUAGAUUCUUAGUAUCACCUUAAUAACCAACAUCUUUAAGAUUAAAAUUCAAUUAUAGUGUAUAAUAAUAGUAUUCAACACCAAGAAUUAAUUAUUAAGGUGAUGGAACAGGUAGAGAUACCUAUAUUUUGUAAUAUUAAAUGUCUUAUAAUUAAAUAGAUAAAAUAUAAAAGAUAAAUACAGUUCAGGAUAAGCAAAUUAUAAAUCUAUGCUUCGAAGUGAGACUAAUUUUGGUUCAUUUCAAAAGAAUAGAUUAUAAUUACCACCACUUGCAAAAUAAAAAUUAAAUAUGAUCUAUUAAUUAUAGAAAGUCCAAUCUAGUAGAUUGUCAAUGCCAAAAAAUAAACUAUUAUAUAAUGAAGAGUGA